GAAACGGAGACGACGGCGGCUCAGAUCACGUUUCAUCUGGACAAAGUUAUUUUUUCUUCUCUUUGUGUCCGUCCUGAUCUGAUCUCUGAGCAGUUUGAGCGACGGGAAAGCAGCUGAGCAGCAGCGGCGGCUGAUCUGGAGAUGGUUUUUACUGUUGAAUCACACGAGCUGGUUUCUUCUGAGGGGAGGCGAGGAGCCGGAGAUGGAGACAAGACGGCUGUUCAGAUUUCUUAUUAAAGAGUAACAGAAGAAGAAGAAGAGGAGGAGAUGGGAGAGAGAGGGGGAGGAUGAAGGAGACGCUUCUGCUCCGACUUCCAACACAUGAAGUUUCUUUAAGCUGUGAAGCAGACAGAUGAUGCUGACGGCUGGAUUUCUGUGUCGACCUGGUAUCAACUCUGAGGAGCAAACAGGAAGUGACUGAGUCAGACUUGAUUUCAAGCAGAAACUUUCAGAUUAAGUGUCUCAUUUUUUUUUAAACACAGAGACAUGAAGAUGGACUGAGACACGUCAGACACAGACAAACCUCAGACGUGCGUCCAGGUGUCUCGACGUACCUGCUCAGGGUGUCGGGAUGCAGCUGAACCGACCUCCCAGCGGCCUGCUGGGCUUCAGCCUCCCUCCUCCUCCUCCUCCUCUUCCUCCUCCCUCCUUCUCCAGUCAGUUCAGCACCAUGAGGUUCUCUUACCACCUGAGCAGCAGCUCCACCUGCAGGACAGGUCCCUCCUCCUCCAGUCCCACCUUGUUGACUAAGAGUCUUUCGCUGGAGCCGUCUUGCUCCCCGUGCGGCCACCAGGGGGCGCUGGACGCUGACGCUCCCCAGCAGCCGAGCUCCGACCCGGGGCCCAGCACCUCCUCAUCAGGCCCCGCCUCCCUGGGUGGGGGAGCGGAGCUAACAGAAAGCCGCGGCUCCGAUAAUGGGCAGCUCCUGGUCAACGACACGGGGCCGCCGGAGCUGCCAGCUACCACAAUAACACCACCGAGCAAGAGCCGACCGCCGCUGCCUGGACCGAAACCUCAGGUCCCCCCAAAGCCCCCCCACCUUCAGCAACAGGUGGGGGUUUUGAGGCCACGCCCCCGGGCUCCGGACAAGCCCCUCCCACCUCCCCCGCCCUGCAGACCCCUCCCUGCAGACCCCCGAGGGGGCCGGACUCCGCCAACCCGCGCUGACGGCACCGCCUCCCCCACCUGCGUCCUGUCACUCAUCGAGAAGUUUGAGCGUGAGCAGAUCAUCGUGGUUCCUGACAUCACCGGGGGGGCUCUGUGUCCCCGCCUCCCUGACCCCCCCUCCUCCUCCCGACCUUCAUCACCAUCUUCAUCGUCACCGUCUGCUCCUCCCCCUCCUGACGAGGAGCCGCCCUCAGAGAUCAAAGGUCAUGAUGACAUCACACUGGCGGGUGAGGGGGAGGAGGGAGAUGACCAUGAUGAUGACGACGACGAUGAUGAAGAGCUGGUCGCGGUGUGUCGGGAUGACCUCCAUCAGAAGCGUCUCUCCAUGGAGUCGGGUUACAGCGCCUCUGAGAAACACCUGGAGGACGAUGGGGUUGCCGUGGAGAUGAGGGAGCAACAGCAGCAGCUGCCGCUGCUCGACCAAUCAGAGCUCCCCUCGGAGCGCUUGUCCCUCCCCUCUUCGCAGACGGACGGGAAGCUGGCCAAUCGGGACAGCGGCAUCGACAGCAUCAGCUCUCCGUCGCACAGCGAGGAGCUCUGCUUUGCUGGCGUGGACGAUGGGGGCGUGGCUUACCCCUGCAGCCCCGCCCUCUUGCCCCGCCUCUCCAGCUCGUCCUCAUACGCAGGGGAGGGGGAGGGGGAGGAGGUGCGGGGCGGAGUCAGAAGGAGGAGGGAGUUCUCUGAAGAAGGAGACAGUGACCUGGAGGAGGAGGAGGCGGAGCUUACGCUGGUACUGCCCCCCCCCAAGACAGACAGACAGGACUCUGUUGAGCUGUCUGUCCAGCAGAGAGUCUUCAACAUCGCCAACGAGCUGCUGCACACGGAGACCGCCUACGUCUCUAAGCUCCACCUCCUGGACCAGGUGUUCUGUGCCCGGCUCCUGGAGGAGGCUCGGUCUCGCUCCUCCUUCCCCUGCGACGUCGUUCAGGGAAUCUUCUCCAACAUCUGCUCCAUCUACUGUUUCCAUCAGCAGUUCCUGCUGCCGGCGCUGCAGAAACGGAUGGAGGAGUGGGACUUGAACCCACGGAUCGGGGACAUCCUGCAGAAGCUGGCUCCCUUCCUGAAGAUGUACGGCGAGUACGUGAAGAACUUUGACCGAGCCAUGGAGCUGGUGAACACCUGGAUGGAGAGAUCAGCUCAGUUCAAGACCAUCAUCCAGGAGAUCCAGAGGGAGGAGCGUUGCGGGAACUUGACCCUGCAGCAUCACAUGCUGGAGCCGGUUCAGAGGAUUCCUCGCUACGAGCUGCUGCUCAAAGAUUAUCUGCACCGCCUGCCAGAGGAUGCGCCGGACUACAGGGACGCCCAGAAGUCUCUGGAGCUGAUCGCCACGGCCGCAGAACACUCCAACGCUGCAAUCAGGAAGAUGGAGCGAAUGAGGAAGUUGUUGAAGGUGUACGAGUUGUUGGGAGGAGAAGAAGACAUCGUUAAUCCCACAAACGAGCUCAUUAAAGAAGGACACAUCCUGAAACUGUCCAAUAAGAACGGGACCACGCAGGACCGAUACCUCAUACUGUUUAAUGACAGGUUGCUGUACUGUGUCCCGAAGCUGCGUCUGAUUGGUCAGAAGUACGGCGUCCGUGCUCGCAUUGAUGUGGACGGUAUGGAGCUGAAGGAGACCAGCAGUGUUGCAGUUCCCAGGACGUUCCUGGUGUCUGGAAAACAGAGAUCCCUGGAGCUGCAGGCCAGGACGGAGGAGGACAAGAAAGACUGGAUACAGGCCAUCCAGGCGACCAUCCAGAGACACGAGCAGACGAUGGAGAGCUUCAGACAUCUGAACUGUUCACUGCGAGACGACGAGUCCACGCCGCCUCACUCCCCGAGUUGCGUGGAGCUCGGAAAGAGAGCGCCGACUCCGAUCCGAGAGAAGGAAGUCACGCUGUGUAUGAAGUGUCAGGAGCCGUUCAACUCCAUCACCAAGAGACGCCAUCACUGUAAAGCCUGCGGACACGUGGUUUGUGGGAAAUGUUCAGAGUUCCGCGCUCGCCUGUCGUACGACAACAACCGAACCAACCGCGUUUGCGUCGACUGCUACGCCAUGCUGGUGGGAGUGUCGCCCUCGCCCAACACGCUGACCAGCAGCUCCCACAGGAGGCGCUCCAUCCUGGAGAAACAGGCCUCCCUGGCGGCAGAGAACAGUGUGAUUUGUAGUUUUCUUCACCACAUGGAGAAAGGCAGCGGGCGGGGCUGGCAGAAGGCCUGGUUCGUCAUCCCUGACAAUGAGCCGCUGGUGCUGUACAUCUACGGAGCUCCACAGGACGUGAAGGCGCAGCGCAGCGUGCCGCUGAUUGGCUUCGAGGUCCUCCUUCCCGAGUCAUGUGACCGCCUGGAGCGACGCCACGCCUUCAAGAUCUCUCAGAGUCACCUGACUCUGUACUUCAGCGCUGACGGGGAGGAGCUACAGCGCAGAUGGAUGGACGUCCUGUCGAGGGCCGGGAGGGGGGAGGAGCAUCAGGUCCACCGGCCAAUUGUGGAGAGCCUGGAGGAGGAGGGGGAAGAGCUGGCGGCUGCAGCAGAGGGCGACAACACGUGAUUCUAUUGGACGAGGAAGGAUGGCGAUGAUGGUCUUUUAAAAUAUUAAUCCCUUUUGGAAACCAGAACAAAACCAGUACAUACAGUCAUAUAUUUAACACACACACACACACACACACUCUGAGCUCUCUGUGUAUUUAAAGUUGCGUUGUUCGUCUGCAUGAUUCCUCACCCUUUUUUUUUUCACCUGUCCUACAUCACAGAAAGGUGGGCGGAGCCUCUCUAACUUCUUUUUUUUAACAGUAACAUCAGAACACAGUGCCACGCCGUUUUGACUCUCCUCAGUCUGGAAGGUGGAACACUACAGUACCCACAAGCCUCAGCUGCCAGAACUGUGACCUCAUAUUCAGAAAACUGAUCCAUAAUUUAAAAGUGAUAUACAGUCAAACGCCGAUCACAUUUAUUCUGCCGUGUCCCCCUUAACUACUUUUGUAAUCGUGUGAGGAUCAAUAACGCAGCGCACACUCCAGAUCCAGUUCCUGAGAGAGAAACCUGGUGGUGAGAGACGGGAUGGAGUUACUUACAGACCAGGAAAACUGGACUCUACCUGGACACAGUUAGUCUAGUUAGUAUAAUCCAGCCCAGAAUCCCUGUGAAUCAUGUUCUUAUUGGACAAUUCUGCACCUCAUAGUUUACGUCUGACGUUUACAGCGAAUACAGCAAGUAGCAUGUUUGCAGAGAGUAAAGGACGUGGUUCUGUUCAUGUGGGCUGUGUAGGAUUCACCUCUAACCAAAGCUUGUAUAAAAGAAGUGGACGUAGCCGCCGUGACAUCACCUGUCGGUCGGUGGACUACCGUUUUGAAGCCUCCAGUUUGGCAGUUUGGCCGUCGCCAUCUUGUUUUUUUUGGAACCGGAUGUGACCAUAUUUGGACGAGAUGGUGGCGCUAGCUAGCUUGGUUAGCAUGUUGCAUCUGUAAUUCACGUUAACUGUGAUAUUAGCUGGGAUGCUAAUUUUAGCUAGCGACAAACAGGCUUAGAACAAAACAUAAUUACUGAAAAACGAGCAGCCGACUCCUGAUGAGCUUUUUCAGCGGCGCUGGUUAAAUUUACACAGAGCAGCAGAUACGAGUCGCCUCUAUCCUGAUUGACAGGUCGUCAAUCAGCUUGUAGCCCCGCCCUAAAGCCUCCCCUGCUUCCUGGUCUCUGUUCCUCUAAAUGGGACCAUAAUUUACUAAAUGAACAUCAUGCUGUGUUGAAGAAGACUUGAAACUAGCGACUGAGACCAGAAACUCAUCAGGAAAGUGUGAAGACAGAUUAAUGAGCACAGAAACUCACGGCCAAAUGUUGAUGGAUCUUCAAAUGACCCACAGUAAACCACAGAUUAAAGGAAUUCUUCUGUUUUUAAAAAAUAAAUUUAGCGGUGCGGGUUUCCUGAACUCAAACAGGAAGUCGAUAUAAACUGUCAGACUGUUGAAAGGAGGUUUUUAAAACAUGAAAGAAGAAAAAGACUGAUGUGUCCUCUUUAAAUGCACUUAAAAGACUUUUUAAUCCCAAAUUUCCCCCGAAGACAAAACUAUUUAGUUUUUAAACUCCCCCCUCAGUGACCUUGCUGCUGCUGGCUGGUGCCUGCCAAUCAAAUCUCCUGUCUGGACUACGUUUCCCAGCAGCCUCUGCUCUGAGGCGUGUGCUCCUUUUACCUGCAGCCUUGCUGUCCUAUUGUGGUGGACUGGGGUACUGCGGGUUUUUAUAAAAUCCCUGAGGCGGUUCAUCGCGGUCCUGAAGAAUUCUCACUCAAACACUCACGGUUUUAUUUUUCUCAGUUUAUCUACACAUUAUUAACAUAUUACAUGUUUUAUAUAUUAUAUAUAUUCAUAUUUCUUUGUCAAACAUGGUGAGGUGAUAUUUGAAGUUUUUUUAAUAGAGAAUUGCAGUCGAUUAAUUUUCUGUUGCUUACUUUAUUAAUUUAAGAUACAUUCCUCUUUGUCAUAACGCCCCAAAUCCCCAAACGUCCUCCCAGUUCACAGUUGAUGUUUGGAAGAUGUAAAAUUAGGACGAAAAUACUCCAAUAAAUCAAGAUAUUGACAUUCUAAUAAUUUUGAUUAAAAUUUUCAAUUAAAAGUAAAAACAAUAAAAUCUCACCUGAUAUUUUUACUUAUUUAUCGCUCUACAAUUUUCAUUUAAAGGUGGGGUCAGCGAUUCUAAUCCAAAACACAUCUUUGGUCACAAUAUUUACUAAAUGAACAUCAUGCUGUGUUGAAGAAGACUUGAAACCAGCGACUGAGACCAUAAACUCAUCAGGAAAGUGUUUACUGAGGGAAUAAAUCAGCGGUUGUUGUGUUGUUGGCUAUAGCAGAGAGCUGUGAGCGUCGCUGUCUGGAGCUGCUGUGCUGACCGUCUCUUCCUCUUUUUUUAGCUUUAUGUUUUGCAGCAGCAGCUGUAGUGACAGUUUGCUAACCCACAACCUAGCUAACGUUACCUAGGUUACUUGCUGUGUCGUUGUUCGCUGCGUAUUUGGUGUUGGAUUUCUCAAGAAUCGCUUACUCCACCUUUGAAGGAAACAAAUGUUUAAUUUCUGAUAACUGUAAUUUAAGAUGUCAAUAUCUUAUCAUUUUGACCUUCAAUUUCAUAACAUUUCAGUAAGUGUCUCAAACUUGUAACAUAAAAAGUCAAAAUUAACUUAGUGUGUCAUUAUUUUGAACAAACUUUUGGAAACUGUGAACCUCUAAAACUUGUUCAGGCUAAAAUUAGCUUCCAUAUAACUGUGAGCUGGGAAAUUGACACACGUAGACCUGAAAUGAUCAGUUGAUUUAAUAGAUUAGUUGACCAACGAAGGUUAAAAUCAAGGGUAA